AUUCUGAAAAGUCAGCUGAACAGUGCUUUGUUAUUUAUUUAUUACAGGAACAUAAUUUCUUUAGAAGAAUUACGUUACAUGUUCCAUUAUUCUAUAUUAAGUAAAAUUUUAGACACAAUUGUGAUGUAAUCUUCAUUCGCGUUAUGUUUAAGUAUUUAAAAUUUUAAAAUGAUGUUUGGAAGACCGAGAUGUAGAGAAUGGACCCCACUGGCUACUCAACAACUUCGUUUGAGGAGCCUUAUCCAGAUUGUGGGUUACAAUAUACGACCACCGGAAUGGUGUACACAUCAAUGCAGUUAUUAUCUGACACUACAUCACACGACUAUGUCAGCACCUUUCUACACCAGCGAGAGGAUAUCAUCUCCGCAUCCUAAAUGGAAGGAAAUUGAUCCAGAAAUAACUCAAAGGAUGUCCUCAAGCAACGUCGUUAUCCGUAUAUGGUGCCACAUUCUCUUGCCGAGUAAUAGUGAAGAAAAAUCCGAUAACCUCCAAGACACAGUCAUACAAACGUGGGGAUUAUAUUUCACCGGUCUUAGAUAUAUCGGUGCAAAUCUAGCUUUAAAUUUCACAUCAGAUUGCUUCAAAAGUAACACACUUGUAUUUCAAAUGCACGGUGGUUAUUUCUGUUCGUAUAAAAGUCUUAAAUUGGAUGUUAUACCGCCAGAGAACGAGGUAGAACAUGGAUCAAUAUCCUCCGAUUCUUCUGGAAGGACUAAUCUAUAUAAAAAUGUAAUCGAAACAAAAUUUAUACAGAAUAGAUUAAUUAAAGAUAGAUCAAUUUCACCUAAUAGAUAUACAAAAGUAAAUGAUAAGGAGUAUUCUAAAAGUCAUAGUCCUGUCGAUAGAGGUUUUAAGCAGAAUUACCCAAAAAUUAAAACAUCAACCAGUCUAAACACAUCAAUGAAUAAUCUAGAUUCUAAAAGUAGAGAUAACAGUACUGAGAGGAAAGUCAACGAACAAAUACAGAUAUACGAACAUUCACCAGAACAUUUAGAAAUUAAAGCCAGUGAUAACUGUGAUAAUAAAAAUAUAUCCCACGAAGAUUUGAGUAGUAGAAUCGAUUUAAGUGAAACAGCAGAGAGUUACGAUUUAAGAAAUGAAUCUGAUGGGGAACCUAAAUAUAGGUAUUUAGCUCUGAAUUUCCUUAAAUCGGAAAUAAGACCGAGCUAUAAUGCAACGAAAUUACAGAAAUUACAUCUAUUACAAUACUCUAUAAAGAAACGACAAGAGGCUGUACAAGAAAUUAAGGAGAGGAUAUAUAAGAAGUCUGCUUUAACAGAUGAGAAUUGGGUCCAAGCCAACGACCAGAGUGAUCUGAAGCAAAGAAAGAGUAGAUCACAAAGGAAUUUAUUCUCCGUUGAAGAGAAUGUCUUUGAUAGAGAGAAAUCGUCUUCUCAUAGCGAUUUAAGUAACAAAAAUGGAAAAAUUAAAGAAGUAAGAACAGUAUCUAAUGGACCAAGACUUGCCUUGAAACUGAAUGACCUUUUGUCUUUUAAGUCAAAACCAUCUCCCUUCCAAAGAGCGGAACACGUGAGACUUACAAAGCAAUUGGAAAUUCUGCGCUUCAAGAGAAUAAUUCUAUCAGAUGAGCGAGACAGCAAGCUCGCCAACAUAAGGAGACUGAAAGAGAGGCACAGCAAGUUGUUUGAAGAGAACCAAGAUAUUGAAAGAAACAUGGCAUAUAAUCGGUGUACAACUGCCGAUCUGUGACGAUGAGAG